CGCACCAUUCCUGGGUGUGAGUGCGUGUGUGUUUGUGUGUGUGUGUAUCCAGUAAUUCCCUGCUGACUGGAAACAGUUUGCUGAAAGGCAUGGGACCGCGGUCCGAGCGGUGACACAGCAAAGCUGAGGACGGCUUGUUUCACUUCAUAGCAACAUCAACGGUACUGUCACCCCUCAACCCCGCCAUCAUCCCGCCUGCUGUGUGGCGGUGAGGGGCAACGCUGGGCUGACUCCGGAUCAGCCCGUGCUGGAGGAUGGAGAUAGAGAAAAGGACGAAUGGGUUCGACUACCCGGAGAGAAACAACGCCAAGUCGGUGAACGGUUUUUAUGGUGACCAUCCCCUGGAGACAGAACCCAGCGACAGUAUGGAUGCAAUCAAUGAAAGUAACCUGGAUGAUGCAGCUGACCAGCGUACUUGCCUUAUUUGUGGAGACCGCGCCACAGGUCUGCACUAUGGCAUCAUCUCCUGCGAAGGCUGCAAAGGCUUCUUCAAGCGCAGCAUCUGCAACAAGCGGGUGUACCGCUGCAGCCGGGACAAGAACUGCGAAAUGUCCCGCAAGCAGCGCAACCGCUGCCAGUACUGCCGUCUGCUCAAGUGUCUGCAGAUGGGGAUGAACCGCAAAGCAAUCAGGGAGGACGGCAUGCCAGGAGGGAGGAACAAAAGCAUCGGGCCUGUGCAGAUCACAGAAGAGGAGAUAGAGCGAAUCAUGUCAGGGCAGGAGUUCAAGGAGGAUGCCCCGGAGAACACCUGGGGCAACAACGGCGACAGCGACCACAGCUCCCCCAGCAACGGCGCCUCUGAGGGCAACCAGCCGUCGCCCGCCUCCACUCUGUCGUCCAAUCGAUCCGUAGAGAUGAAUGGCUACACAGCAGCGCUCAGGGACCAGUACAUCAACACCUCCAUGUCCACACACUACCAGCUCCUGCCUCACCUCUUCAGCUAUGCAGCCCAGUCAGGCCUGCUGACCCCGCAGCCCCGCAGCCUCUACCCACAGUCCCACCCUCUGGUGCUGCAGCUUGUGGCUGCUGAGGACCUGUCCCCCCUCACCACUCCAAUGCUCAUAGAGGACGGGUACAAGGUAACCCAGGUGGAGCUGUUUGCCCUGCUGUGUCGCCUGGCGGAUGAGCUGCUCUUCCGGCAGAUCUCCUGGAUCAAGAAGCUGCCUUUCUUUUGCGAGCUGUCCAUAGAGGACUACACCUGCCUGCUCAGCUCCACCUGGCAGGAGCUCAUCCUGCUGUCUUGCCUCACCAUCUACAGCGCCCAGAUCUUCGGAGACUUGGCCGACGUCACCGCCAAAUACACACCAUCUGAUGAUGAGCUGCAGGGCUUCAGUGAAGAUGGGAUGGAAGUGAUGGAGAGGCUGAUAUAUCUGUUUCGUAAGUUCCAUCAAUUGAAGAUCAGCAAUGAGGAGUAUGCCUGCAUGAAGGCCAUCAACUUCCUCAACCAAGAUAUCAGAGGACUGUCCAACGUCUCCCAGCUGGAGCAGCUGAACAAGCGCUACUGGUACGUCUGCCAGGACUACACCGAGUACAAGUACCCGCACCAGCCCAAGCGCUUUCCUGAGAUCAUGAUGUGUCUGCCCGAGAUCCGCUGCAUCGCAGGGAAGCUGGUGAACGUCCCCCUGGAGCAGCUCCCCCUCCUGUUUAAAGCAGUCUUGCACUCCUGCAAAUCCAGCCUGACCAGCUACCGGACCGGCCCGUCGCCCUGCGCGACCGCCCCCUCUGGAAACUAACCUAUCCCGACUGCCGAGCCUAGGGACCGGUCUCCCCUCCUGUGAAUGUGACAAGCAGCUAGUUCUUUUUUUUUUUUUUUUUUUUUUUUGUAAUAUUUUUCUUUAUAUAUUUAUUACACGACAGAGCUGAAUGUAUGCUGAUUUACACUGUGCACAUCUUCUGUACAAAACAAAUGCUCAAAGAUGCAUUGGUCUUUGGAGUUUACAAGUGUAUAUCCAGUUUGCUCAAUGUGUCGCCGUUGCCAUUGUUAGACUAGACUUUAAAAGAGCUUAUUUUAUUCAGACAGGGCAGCAGGACACAUUUGUGAUUUGUGACUACCUCAGGAAGAUGUUGUUGCUAUUUUCAGGUACCUUUUCUUGCUUUGAAUUGAAGAGUUGCCCGGUCUAAAAUCAAGCCUGUGGAUGCUUUGACAUCUCAAUCAGAGACUGAAUGUUAAAAUGAGCUGCAGAAAUCAGAGUUUAGAAACAUCAGUGUUGUGUUGCACUGAAAAUGCAAAAUCCAUUAGCAGAAUUUUAGCUACUUUAUAUGCAUGGACUCUCAGUUAUCCUGUACUCGGGAGGCGGUCCUGUCCAUUUAACAUUCCAUGAGUUAAGUUGGCCGUUGUAGGAUCUGUGGGAUCACUGAAAAAGGAGCAUACGGGUAUUUUUUACAAUCAUAGACUAGGGAUGUGAGGCUUUAUUGCAGGGGAAGGGGAGGGUAGCUAGGUUUGCUGUUUUUGUUUCACUUUUCUUUCUAGACCAAAGUGUUAUGCAAUGCUUUCUUCAAACACCCACUAAUGGGUAGGGAGCUGACAGCUCAACAAAGAAUGAAUAUAUAUAAAGGAGAACUUUCUUAUCAAUGAAGGAUGGUGAUAAGAAAUUAAUCAAUAUGUAACAGAGGAGAGACCCUCAGCCGGGCAGACAAGUGGGUCACCAAAAUUCCACCUCAAUGCUGCUAAUCAGAGCCAUGCGUUAGUUGCAGGAAGUGGCUUCAGUCUCACAGGUUUCCAACAACACUGCCUUCAUGUGGAAGCUUUCACUUUGUUCUGAAAAAUCAACAAAUGGGCUGCAGUCAGAGCAGUUGGUUCACUAAAGCCUUGCCAAGUUAAAGUUUAUUUAUAGAGGACAUUUUGACCAAAGAACUUCACAAUAAUCACAGCGUCAGUAAUCACGUGACCAGAAGAGAAAGAGAAUCCGUCAGUUGGAUCCCCUUUAAUGUCGAUCUCCAACAUUAAAAGCUAAUGUUGAGCCAUUUUCACACGACCCUGGACAAUAAGGUCCGAUGUGUGUUGAAUGUCGGACAUUACUCUAAUGCUGUUGUAACAUUUUGAAUCCUUUUACACCAGCUGAGCUCUUGGUCGUUUUCUUACAUGCCAACCAGCUGGAAGUUCUGCAAAACCACCAAAUCUCACCAUGUGUUUGUGUUUCAGUUUCUAAAGCAGACAUCUCAGUUCACUUGAAAUGAGGCAAAACUAACUUCUUGCUGCAGCCACAUAUAGGAGCUUGUUGUAAGUCAUUAACUCCUUAAUGUUGAUGGAAAAAGGGCCGAUGGCAGAUUGUUUCACUUAAAAUGUUUCACAAGUGAAAUAAUCUGUCAGUCAAACUAACUUUUUCAUCAAUACUAGAGAAUUGACUUAGAACAAGCUCCUAUAACUUGCUGAAAAGUGAUUUGUCAGCUAGUUUUGUCUUAUUUAAAAUGUAUUAACAUAUUUGCAUUAGAAACUUGAUAACAAUUCUUGGUAAGAUUUUGUGGUCUUGUUAAAUCAAGCCAAGUAUAAUAAUGUUGAUAUUUAGCAGAUUUUAAAGUCUAAUAAGAAUAUUUUUUAAAAAUGAGAUGAAAUCAGAGGUAGACUUUCAUGUUUUUGAGAGGUUGUGUUUGGUGCACUGAACCAGUUCACAUAUGAUCAUCUUUAACAGAAGCACAGCAGACCCUGUUAAUCUGAACAAUAUUGUGUACAUGUAAUGUUUUAGACGGGGAAUCAGCUGGAAAAUGGGAGUAAUGCUGCAUUCACUUGAUCUUAGUGGUCAAAAACAUCCAAGCACAUUUUGACAGCGUUCCGGAUGCAGGUCAGGAUUCUCUUUCUGUUCUGGACACAAAUCAAAACUCAUGCAGUUGGCAUACAGUGGUUCUUCAUGAAGCUCCAGGCCUUUUUUGAUUUUUGUGUUUGAGACUUUAACUCAAAGUCCUGAUUGUUCACAAGUAAAACCAGAACUUUCCGGCUUCCAGCUAGCACUGAAUGCAGCAUUUGAUCGAUCAUGUUUUUCUGAUCUACACCUUGGAGUUUUAGAACAACUGAACGUGAGAAGAAAUGUAGCUCAUGACGGCGGCUCACGUCUUAAAGAACCAACGCUGAGUGAUGGAAUUUAGGUGACCUGCGUCUGGAUGAGCCUCUGGGACAGAUAUGCACAUUGUUUUAAAAGAAUAGCCAUAGAAAAAAAAAAGGUCUUUAUUUUUAAAAUGUGAGAUGAUCAUUUCAGACCGCUUGAAUAUUUCCCCGUGGAUUCUUCGGGGUUUUCGCGGUUUCACAAUAUGCGAACAAUUAGAAGAGCAGGAAGAUGCUGUUCUUGCAACAACUUUUUUUUUUUGUUGUAAUUUUUUUUCCUUUUUAUUUUUAAUUUUUAUUUUAACUUUUUUUUUUUUUUGCACACACCGAUGAGGUUCAGAGACCUGGACGCUUGACCAUGGCUGCUGCCCUCCCAGUGUGUUCCUCUGGCAGGUCCCUGCAGACCUGGAUCUAAACAGGGUAAAGUGAGUGUUUUAUGUUGCAUUCAGGAGUUCCUCAGUGACUGUGCUGAUGUACCUGUAGUGUUAGUAGAUGUAGGUUUGGGGACAUCGUAGGUCCUCUUGUAGAAAAUUUCUUUUUUUUUUUUUUCUGCCCUUUUUUCACAGUAUUUCACCCAAGCUUUGAGAGACAGUGGUUGUAGUCUGAAGGUGAGGGCCGGAGUGGGGGUGGGGGUGGGGGUCUUCUUCACCUCCUCCCUUAUGUCUGACAGAUGCCACCUGUCCUCCUCCAGUCAGCCUCGCUCCAGCCUUGCUGUGUGAAAUGUGUUUUCCUCUGUAGUUAUUUUGAAUGUUUCCAGGGUUCUUUUUUUUUCUUUUGUUGUGCUUUCUUUUUUUUGCCAGUUGUUUUGUUGUUUUUUUGUUUGUUUUUUUUUGGCAGUGGGUCAAAGUGAUCUCCAUCGUAUUCAGAAGUUUUAAAAAGAUUUUUAAACCAAACUCUUUCCCUUGUCUCGUUCAUCACAUCGCAGCAGUCGGUGGUUUAGAACUCGGAAAGGAACGGAUCUGGACUGGUGGAGGUUUUCUGUUCACAAUGUUUUCCUCUAAACAUGCGGCCUGUUUCCACGUUUGACUGGUCUAGAAAUUUGUAUCGCCUACCUGACAAAUUAGAGAUAUACAGCAGCACAUAAGGGCCACUGUAGGUAGAAAAGAAGAGAAAAGGAUUAAAUUUCUGCGGAGAAACUCAGAAACAUUUAGAUUAAUGUCAGCAAUUUUCCAGAAGAGACUAUGGAAAAAGUAAAAUAAAUAAAUUGCGAGAAAAAGAGCUGAGAAUUUUUAGUCUUAAAAUUUUCUGAUACUAUAGUCUUAAUUUUUCUAGAACAAAAUUCUGAAAUUACGUUUUUUUUUCCCUUUAAAUAUUUCAGUUUCAAAAGUCAGAAAAUUCCAAGUUUUGUUUUCUGGAAAAUUUCUGAGAUUGAUCUAAAAAUUUCAGAGUUUUCUCUUUUUUUUGACAGAAAUGUACUACUCCUAUAUUUAAAUCUACAAUGGUUAAUGAGCCAUCAUAAAUAUGGGCUCAUUUUGUUUUCUGUUUAAGUGUUUCGCUGCCUGGAGGAGCGUGGGGAUUCUGUCUUUUUUUCUAGCUCAGAUUUAUCUGUGCAGCUUUGUGUUCUGCAUCAUUCACCUUUGGACAGAAGACAUCUUUGUAACCGACUGACUCGUUCCACUACAUGACCUCAGGGAUAAACCACUUUCUGUGAACACACACCUGAGCAAAAGCGGGUGUUUUUUGAAGGGAAAUUCAGUCGACUAACUGCCUCUCCAACACAUUCACAGCCGUCGACUUAUUGUCUGCACAGAAAGGGAGUGUCAAACUUAGGCUGUCUGAAAAGGUUCCGUCGACACGUCACCUCGGUAACGCUCUGACCAGCGAUCAGAGUCCACAUCAGACAGUAACCGAGCAGCGGCAUCGCUGCCUGACCUCCGACCUCCUGCUCUCUCUGGACGAAGGCUUCUUUUUCUUUCCUGUUUUUGUGAUUUGACUGUGCAGACGAGGGAGAAGUCAUUCAUCAUUUCUGUGCUGAAACUACCUCUCUUAAGUUGUCAUUGUGUUUUUCUUAUUUAUUGCUUUCACUCCAACAUUCUGUUCUGUUGUGUGUUAUUGUUUUUCACUCGGUGCUCUCGCAUUGAUACCAAACUCUUAAAUCUGGACACACAUCAGAACCACUCCUUUCGUUCUACCUCAGACACUUCUUUUGUCCUUUGGCAGCUUUUAUUUUGAAAACACCCAGAGUCCCUCGCGUCCCUUGACUUUCCUUUUAUGUUUAUGCUUUGUUUCUGUUAAAUUGGCGUCAUUUCAUAUUCCAACUCCUGCCCUCUCGUCAUGAAUCCAGGCCGGAGAUGAAAGAACGUCAGUGGCGGUGCCACAUCCACCGUAUCAGAGCGUUAUCAUGCCGACGGCUGCAUUGUUUUCUCCACAUUACGAUACGCCUCAGUGUGUGUGUGUGUGUUUGUGUUUAUUUUUUAAUCCCCAUUGUGUUCCCUGAUUAUUGUUCCUUCAAGGCAACACAAAGCGCUAUCAUAUCUGACUCUGUCAAUGCUGCUUGUGAUCGAUUAGCAAUGAGAGAAUGGAGCUGUGGUCAAACCGACCUCUCCUGGUGUUGACGUGCGGUGGCGCUCCCGUGUGACCCUGGCGCCGUGGCACGAGAGCACAGACCCACUCUGAGCGGACCUCCGAUGAUGCGGAUGGUGACGCAGCGGGGUGGGGGCGGGGCCUGCUCAGGCCUCAGUUCCACCCCGCAGAUAACUUUACAUCAAAGUGCCGGGCGUCACUAAUGACACAGCCCACUUUAUAAUGUGAAGUCCUCAUCGUUGGGUCUGAUGUUCUCAUGAAGCGGGGGACUCCUGGAAUCUGAAACUGAGCCGUGACACUGCCAUGACCUUUGAACAGGAGCCUGGUUUGCAGGAGUGAAUGAAUGUUGACAUAUCUCAGGGAUUAAAUACAUUUAUACGAUUGAAUCAAUUCACUGAAACGUCUUUUGUUUUUUCUUCUCCCUCUUCAGAAAUCUCUUGUCUGCUCUCAUUACUGUAACUACCUGUGAAGAAUGUGAUCCAUUACGUGUUUAAAGCAUGUUUAGAAUGUUUUAGGACUUGAA